AUGAUUCAUACUUCAGGACCCAAAGCCGAAACGGCAGUAGACCGAGAAGCACCAGAGUUUCCCCCUGCUCAAAGCACAGAUGAAGACUCGUAUUUCAAGCACAAUGACGAGCCAUCGUAUUUGGCGUCGUUACAAGUACAAGUGGCCGAGUUCAUCAAGAUCCACAAGGACAGGAAGAUAGCUCUUGUCACCAGUGGAGGUACGACCGUUCCUUUAGAAAAUAAUACAGUGAGAUUUAUUGACAAUUUCUCUGCCGGUACCAGAGGUUCGACAUCAGCUGAGUAUUUUCUAGAAGCGGGGUAUGCAGUUAUCUUUCUACACCGUCAAUUCUCACUGCUGCCAUAUUCACGACACUACUCCCACAGCACCAAUUGUUUCUUAGAUUACAUGGUUGAAGGCAAUGAUAAUCAUUCGGUUCAAGUAGACAAGAAGUACGAAGAACAGAUGCUCCAAGUGCUGAAAAAGUAUCAAUAUGCCAAGCGAAACAAGCUGUUACUGCUGGUACCGUUCACUACAGUCAAUCAGUACUUGUUUACACUGCGAAUGAUCUCUCAAGAGUUAGGUCAACAGAAAGCACAGAACAGAUCUACCACGCUGUUCUACUUAGCAGCAGCAGUUUCGGACUUUUUCCUGCCCAGAUCAAGAGUUGCCGACCAUAAAAUCCAGAGCCAAGGAACUGGCAAGCUGGUAGUCGAUCUUGACCCUGUACCGAAGUUCUUGAAACGACUGGUCGACGAAUGGACUCCUGGGGCCAUGAUUGUGUCGUUCAAACUAGAAACAGACAGCUCGCUUCUCAUUGGCAAAGCUCGAGGAGCUCUUGAACGGUACUCGCACCAGCUGGGCAAAAAGGGCGAUGAGGUGGAUCAGGCUGAAAUUGAGCGCCAGGUCAAGGCCGCUGUGGCUGCUAAAGAAUACUUUUCCGAGCUUCUGGAACGAAACGCCUCGCGGCAUGUGCAAGUGAGAGCGAUACGUGCUGUAGGAGGCGGUGCAAGGAGUACUCGAAGAGAAUUCCUGAAUCAGCAGUUCGAGCCCAUUUUCCAAGCCCGCAACUUGAGCUCACUUCUGUCAGCAGUUGAUACUGUUUAUGACAAUUUGGCUGGUUUGGGGAUUUAUGAGAAUGUCACUGUUGCUCUCGACGAGACUAAAGAAAAGGUUAAUGGCAAUGGAGUGAGAGGACUCGAUAACCUCGACCCGUUUGCUGGGCUGUUUGGCAAUGAUUCUGGAAGGGCAUACGACAAUAAUGAACGUCGUAAUAGUGGAUCCAAAUUGGAAUUGGAUGCAGUGGUGAAACUGGCUCAAGCCAAACGGUUUUAUGCCAAGACAGGUACUGAUCUGGGUAAUGGCGAGGGCAAUGGAUAUGCUAAUAUGACAUUUAAAAACAUCUUCGGAGGAGCAGAGAUCCUAUCUCUGGAUGCCACUAUGGGCACAAGAACGCGGUCGUCUUAUAUUGCCAACUUCAGUACACCUGUUUUGAGCGUGCUUCCUCCACAAUGGCGACUAGAAACUGUGGCAUAUAUGACCAGUCGUACCAUUCCAUGGGCGAGUAACGAGCAAUUAGUAAGAGGAAUGUCGACCAAAAUCAAGUCAGUACCCAGUCUGCUCAAACGACCAGGUCAAACACCGUCUCCACAGCAGGAACUGGGAUUUGAGGCCGUCUGGAGAACUAUUGCUUGUUCGCCCGGAGCCAGCUCUUCAGUGCGAGACGAGGCAGGAAACUCAUUAAAAGCAUCAAUCUUUCAUUCCAUUGCUUAUGAUACAAGAGACAGCAUUUUACUAGCGACUCAUGGCAACUAUUACAAAUUCAGCCACGAGCUGGCUGGUCUUGGAGGCAUUGGCAAUGCCUUUUAUAAAACGUCGUUUGAAUCCCAGCACAACUGGUUAUUAUUUGCAUCACCUCCAACCACAUCAUCGUCAUCAUCAGAACCAUCAACUAUCAGUUCACAACAAACUACAGAACCGGUAUCUCGAACUUCACUUCAUAUUGGCACGAAAGCCGGACUUCUGUGGAUGCUAGCAAGACCGUCGUCCAACAGCGAUACACCUCCACCGUCGAAUUUAAUGGACAGAUUCUACCUCGGCGGACCCAACGACGUACGAGGAUUCUACUCCAGCGGUAUCGGACCCCGAGACCAGUCAGAUUCGCUUGGUGGAGAAGCCCUGUUGGCAGCAGGCGUCUCACUUCUAACCCCCAUACCCAAAAUCAAACGGACGACUCCCCUUCGAUUCCACACUUUCCUGAACGCUGGUAAUCUCCUGGCUCUCGAUAGAAUAGGAUCCAGCACCACUACCGCUCCUACUACCUCCUCAAUUCUCUCUUCAACCGCCGCUGAACUCCUGAACACACCAUCCAUCUCCACCGGCGUCGGACUCCUCUACUGCCACCCAGCAGCCCGUUUCGAACUAAACAUCACCUUCCCCUUGAUCGCGCGCCGCAACGAGGCCACCCGCAAGGGCAUCCAGUUCGGAGUCGGACUUUCCUUCCUGUAA